AUGUCCACACCAAAUGGCAGGAUGAGGACUCAACGAUUGACCAUCCUGCUCGCGGUCGUCCUUCUCGCCUGCUUCUCCCUCGUCUACCUUCGCCCCUCACACCCUCCCGAACAACCUGCCGUGAUCCCUCCUCUCGAGCGGAUCAAGCACCCUCAACUCCAUGCAGGCCAGAGCUCCUACCCUCCCGAGAAGGUGCACCCCAUCGCCACCCUGAUCCAGAACGCGCAACAGCAGUUCGAUCAUGUGCAGACUCGCCAAUCCAAGACCUUGGCCGAGGCCGUGCAGGAGUACAAGCGUCGCUACAAAAUGCACCCGCCACCGCAUUUCGACAAGUGGUUCCAGUUCGCCCAGUCUAAGAAUGUCCAGCUCGUUGAUGAGUUCGACUCUAUCUACCACUCGCUGCUACCCUUCUGGGCGCUGAAGCCGGAGGUCAUUCGUGCGCGCGCUCGCGAGACACUGGGAUUCGACAACGCUGUGAUUGGGCUUCUGAUUCGCGAUGGCAAGGUGACUCUCACCGAAGGUGGCGGUGAUGAUCGCAAGUGGCAGCGUGACGCCACGGUCGGCAUGAUGAAGGACUUUGUCCGAUACCUGCCGGACAUGGAUUUGGUCUUCAACACGCACGACGAGCCCCGCGUGGUCAUCCCCGGUGACGAUCUCCAGCGAUUGGUGCAGACCGCUACGGACCAAGUAAUCCCGGCCUCUUUCAACAGGAAGAGCCCGACGAAUGCGUGGUCGCCUCGCGCCUCUGAUUUGAACAAGGGAGAUCGGAUCGACGAGGUGCGCACGACUCGCUUCAACCGGUUUGCGCACCAGCCUACCUGGACCAACUCGCGCCAGUCCUGCCCCGUCGAUAGCCCUGCACGGUCCAUUGAGGAGGACGCAUCGGAUAACGUCGACCCGUACGCGUACGGCGAGUUGGGCUUUAUCUACAACACCACCGCCUUCUCCGAUAUAUGCCAUACCCCGUCUCUUCGCUACACCUAUGGAUUUUUCGAUCGACCGAAUGCCUUCGAUGUCGUCCAUGACCUAUUCCCCAUUUUCUCGCAGAGCAAGGUCUCUAGCUUCCAGGACAUUCUCUACCCCAGCCCGUGGUAUUGGGUCGACAAGGUGCCUUACGACCGACACAAAGAUUACUCCUGGGAAGCCAAGUCCGAUCAUAUGUACUGGCGUGGAUCCACCACCGGUGGUUUCUCGCGUGCGGGCGGCUGGCGCCGACAACACCGGCAGCAGUUUGUCGACAACGUGAACUCCCUCGGCCAGACUAAAAUUCUCGUGAAGCAGCCGGAUAACUCGUGGGCCUCACAGGAGGUCAACCAAGAGCAGUAUCAAGAUAAAUUCGACGUCAAGUUCACCUUCAUUGGACAGUGUGAUCCCGACGACUGCCACGCACAGGAAGAGUACUUUGAAGUAGUCAAGCCUGCUGGACAGCAGGAUGCGUGGGCUCACAAGUUCCUGGUCGACGUGGACGGCAAUGCCUUCAGUGGGCGAUUCUAUGCGUUCCUGCUGAGCAACAGCUUCGUCUACAAGUUGGCCCUCUUCCGUGAGUGGCAUGACGAGUGGCUCAAGCCCUGGGUGCACUAUGUGCCCCUCAGUCUGAAGGGCAAUGAAUACGUCGAGAGCAUGCGGUACUUCGUGUCCGAGGACGAGGGCAAGAAGGCGGCCCCUCAAAUUGCCGCCCAGGGUCAAGAUUGGGCACAGAAGGUGCUGCGCAAUGGAGACCUGGAGGUCUGGUUCUUCCGGUUACUCUUGGAGUAUGGACGUCUUGUGGACGACAAUAGAGACGAACUCGGCUUCUUUGUUUGA